AUGGAUAUUAUUUCGUCUGAAAAAGCUGUUGAGUCUUUAGAAGGGAUUCGACAAAGAACUACCCAGAUCGUCCAUUCUCUGAGUCAUUUCCUAGCAAUUUUGCACCAAACGGAACAGCUCGCUCCGUGGCCAACGAUUCAUAAGAAUUUUAAUAUUCUAUUAUCUCAAAUCCAUUCUUUAAGCAAUACUCUAGCUAUCCAUUUUCAAAGCUUACGAACUACAAAUAUUUUCCCUUCUGAGGAAUUUCCUGUCCGCGAGCAAGAACCGCUUCUUACAACUUUGCUGCGAACUCGUCCUCUUCCAGUCGUUGAAGAAUGGGAGACCACAACCCUAGAGGAGUAUGAAAAUGAUCCGUCUCUGAAGUCUAAGAACCAAAAACAGCCUCUUCCUCAAGACACAUUAUGGGAAGAAGCAAGAGAUUUGUUAAUGCAAGAGCGUGAACAAAAUAAUUGGACCGGAUAUGUAACCCGACAGGAAGAGCUGCAAGGCGAAAUAAUUAACCAAAAAGAAUUAGAAAAAGAGAGAGCAUUUGAAGAGCAGAGCGCUCAACAAACAUUAACAAAGAUAUUAGGAUUUAUGAAAUCAGGACGAGGGUAG